AUGGCGUAUGGGGACAGAAACAAGAUUCGUCCACAAGGGGAGAGGGAAUGUAACAGGAAGAGUUCCUACACAAUCCACGAUAGCAGUAAAAACCCCCCCCCCCCCCCCCCCCCCCCCCCCCCCCCCCCCCCCCCCCCCCCCCCCCCCCCCCCCCCCCCCCCCCCCCCCCCCCCCCCCCCCCCCCCCCCCCCCCCCCCCCCCCCCCCCCCCCCCCCCCCCCCCCCCCCCCCCCCCCCCCCCCCCCCCCCCCCCCCCCCCCCCCCCCCCCCCCCCCCCCCCCCCCCCCCCCCCCCCCCCCCCCCCCCCCCCCCCCCCCCCCCCCCCCCCCCCCCCCCCCCCCCCCCCCCCCCCCCCCCCCCCCCCCCCCCCCCCCCCCCCCCCCCCCCCCCCCCCCCCCCCCCCCCCCCCCCCCCCCCCCCCCCCCCCCCCCCCCCCCCCCCCCCCCCCCCCCCCCCCCCCCCCCCCCCCCCCCCCCCCCCCCCCCCCCCCCCCCCCCCCCCCCCCCCCCCCCCCCCCCCCCCCCCCCCCCCCCCCCCCCCCCCCCCCCCCCCCCCCCCCCCCCCCCCCCCCCCCCCCCCCCCCCCCCCCCCCCCCCCCCCCCCCCCCCCCCCCCCCCCCCCCCCCCCCCCCCCCCCCCCCCCCCCCCCCCCCCCCCCCCCCCCCCCCCCCCCCCCCCCCCCCCCCCCCCCCCCCCCCCCCCCCCCCCCCCCCCCCCCCCCCCCCCCCCCCCCCCCCCCCCCCCCCCCCCCCCCCCCCCCCCCCCCCCCCCCCCCCCCCCCCCCCCCCCCCCCCCCCCCCCCCCCCCCCCCCCCCCCCCCCCCCCCCCCCCCCCCCCCCCCCCCCCCCCCCCCCCCCCCCCCCCCCCCCCCCCCCCCCCCCCCCCCCCCCCCCCCCCCCCCCCCCCCCCCCCCCCCCCCCCCCCCCCCCCCCCCCCCCCCCCCCCCCCCCCCCCCCCCCCCCCCCCCCCCCCCCCCCCCCCCCCCCCCCCCCCCCCCCCCCCCCCCCCCCCCCCCCCCCCCCCCCCCCCCCCCCCCCCCCCCCCCCCCCCCCCCCCCCCCCCCCCCCCCCCCCCCCCCCCCCCCCCCCCCCCCCCCCCCCCCCCCCCCCCCCCCCCCCCCCCCCCCCCCCCCCCCCCCCCCCCCCCCCCCCCCCCCCCCCCCCCCCCCCCCCCCCCCCCCCCCCCCCCCCCCCCCCCCCCCCCCCCCCCCCCCCCCCCCCCCCCCCCCCCCCCCCCCCCCCCCCCCCCCCCCCCCCCCCCCCCCCCCCCCCCCCCCCCCCCCCCCCCCCCCCCCCCCCCCCCCCCCCCCCCCCCCCCCCCCCCCCCCCCCCCCCCCCCCCCCCCCCCCCCCCCCCCCCCCCCCCCCCCCCCCCCCCCCCCCCCCCCCCCCCCCCCCCCCCCCCCCCCCCCCCCCCCCCCCCCCCCCCCCCCCCCCCCCCCCCCCCCCCCCCCCCCCCCCCCCCCCCCCCCCCCCCCCCCCCCCCCCCCCCCCCCCCCCCCCCCCCCCCCCCCCCCCCCCCCCCCCCCCCCCCCCCCCCCCCCCCCCCCCCCCCCCCCCCCCCCCCCCCCCCCCCCCCCCCCCCCCCCCCCCCCCCCCCGUUAUGCGGGAAGAGAUGAACGUCUACCAACCCCUUUCUAUUGAUCUUGAGGUAGCUAAAUUUUUGUCUGGGUUGGAUCCUGAGCUACAACCUAUUAAAUGUCACCUUCUUGCUGGCGAGAAGGUCCCUUCCAUGAAUGAGAUGUUCUUUCGCAUUCAACAAAAUGUAACCUAUUUUUGUUUUAAAAUUACAGGUGGAGAUAUUGGGCAGCGGAAGGACAAGAAAGGUACAGGGAGCGGAGACGGCUACAGAGUUUUGCUGAUUGAUGAUGCACGCCAUACUGAAAAGUUAGUGGCACAAGUCUUACCGCGGGUGGUACCCUCCAUUACAUCUGAUGAUGCAAGAAAACUCUUCCACGAAUCACGUCAGAAUGGUGUGGCUGUUGUUAUAGUUGCUGUUAAGGAGCAUGCUGAAUUCUAUUCACAGAUGAUGAUCCGUUGGGGAUUGCGGUCAGCAAUUGAACCUGAUUCAGAUACUAUGUAAAUUGGUGGAGACCCCGGAAUUUUGGACUGAUCAAAUUGGUGCCGCAGUAUUAAAGGUUUGGCCUUAAUAUAAUUUUGAAAAUAUCAAUUUUUGGAUUAAA